AUGGCGCAUGCUUCAAAUAUCACCAAAUUGCCCGGUGAGGUCCUGGCUAAACUGAUUGGGCAGGUUUAUUCGGACCCCCAAGUUCCUGUAAGCAACCCUACCGUGCCUACUUGGCAAGAGCCACCUCAUCCCCUCGCCGAAACUCAGUCAGACAAUCUAUCCCCGGCGAUAGAUUUUGCCAUUAUCGGCUCUGGAAUCACAGGAUGCAGUGUUGCCAAACAUCUUCUCGAAGACUCUCGAUCUGCCAAUCGAUCGGUGACGGUCUUUGAGGCACGGACUCUGACAAGCGGCGCCACAAGCCGCAACGCUGGAUUCUUGCUCUCCCACAUUCCUAGUGAUUUCAAGGACAUGGUUGAGAUAUUCGGGAACAAAAGCGCUAUUGGGAUCGCUAAGCUUUGCCAAAGAACGGUGAAGGGAAUGAAACAGCUGGCCGAAUCCCUGGGGCCCGAUACUUUGGCAGCAAGCGAGAAGAGACCUGUCCGAGCGAUUCUAUCGUUUAGCGAGAAAGAGGUUAUGAAGGCAGCCCUGGAAUCAAUCGCUCUUUAUGAAGAGAUAUUUCCCGAGGAGAAAGGGUCAUUCUCUACUAUAACUCCCGAAACACUCGACAAGGUAUAUCAAGUGAAGGGAUUUGCUGGAGCCUUAGCUACAGAUGGAGAGGUGCUAUGGCCCUACCGUCUGGUGACACGGAUUUUUGCGGACCUUCUUCGUCGCUAUUCUAGUCGUUUCUCGAUCGAGACCAAGACGCCAGUGACAUCAAUUGCCUACUCUCCCACGACAAAUGACAAAUAUCCAUUCAUACUCACCACUCCUCGUGGUGUUGUCCGUGCUGGGCAGGUGCUUCAUUGUACCAAUGCGUGGGGUAGCCAUCUGGUGCCCAAUUUACGGGGAAAGAUCCUACCCACACGUCAUAUCAAUUCUUGUCAAAGACCUGGUCCGAAAUUUCCCAAACUUGGCAAUAAACUGUGUUGGAUGUGGUUCAUCUUACCUAGCUAUGACCCUGCCUCUGGAAUUGUCGACACAGGACUAUAUUACAUGCAGCAAAAUGGAGAGACACACGACCUUUUUUUUGGAGGCAACAGGGCACAUAUCGAAGACAUUAUCAACGCAGACGAUAGUAUUGUCAGCUUAGUCCAAGGCACCCAAGUUUCCACCCUUCUGCCAAAGCUGUUCAACCGAAGGUGGGAUAACCCGGCCACCGGAGAGGUGCAAUCUUCAGUGGUCGACAAAGUAUGGAGUGGAAUAAUCGGUGCUACGCCGGACCAUCUUCCGCUGGUUGGAAGCCUACCGGCUAGUAUCACCGGAAGGGGAGAAGGUGAGUGGAUUGCAGCGGGCUACAAUGGAUAUGGCAUGGUGCAGUGUUUGUCCACUGGUGAGGCCCUUGCAAGAAUGGCCCUCGGGGACCCGCAGCCAGUGUGGCUUCCGGACAUGUUAUUGCCCUCCGAAGAGCGUCUGACCGAUGAGGCCCGCAUGGGCCUGGAAGCAGCACUUUCCAGUGCACUAAGGAUUUGA